GACAACCACCCGAGAAUCCAACGAAGAAGUCCAACACCCAGGUUCAGCCGGAGCUUGGAGUUACAAGUGGGCAACACUUCGGUUACCAGGAGGUAAACAAGGCAGGCUCCAGCUGUGUACCGUCUGUACAAAAUUACAGGAAACACCUUGCAGCUGCAGAUUAACGACAUCAGGCUUUUCAUAACAUUGAAGCUUUGCUCUGAUGCUGCCAAGAACCCGCUAGAAAACUAUUAGGAGGGACUGGAGCCAGGACCCAGACAAGGCAGCCCAGAUCCUUUUUUAUUCUGUUUUGUUGUCCAUUGAAGACAAAUGGUUUUGAGCCAUGGAUCAAGCUGUUGUGGACAGUCCUGUUACCCUUGUCAUCAGGGCUCCCAACCAGAAGUACAAUGACCAGACCAUCAACUGUUACCAGAACUGGACUGUGGAGAAACUCAAAGCACACCUGUCAGAUGUGUACCCAAGUAAACCAAGCUCCAAAGACCAGAGGCUGGUGUAUUCUGGGAAGCUGCUUUUGGAUCACUUUACUUUAAAAGAUGUGCUCAGAAAGCAGGAUGAGUACCAUAUGCUCCAUCUGGUGUGCGCCUCGCGAACCCCUCCCAGCUCCCCAAAGCCCCCCCGCAGCCGCGGUAACAAGCCUCAGGAGAACUCGGCCAGUCCCACGACUCUUACAAACUCAAAUAGCCCUUCCACUGGUCAAGAACCCCAGUCAUCGGUAGGAGAGAGCAGUGAUGGACUCAGACAGCGAGCUGGACCCUUCCCUUACCAACAGAUGUAUUCACAGUUUAUGCACAGCUGGAAUCAGUACUCUCCACAGCUAGCUCCUCCCACAAACAUGCCUGCUUAUUACAACCCCAUGACGUUAAUGUGGUGGCAGCAGCUGUACGCCCGGCAGUACUACAUGCAUUAUCAGUUACUGGCCGCCUCCUCUCAGCACCUCAGGCCAGACCAGCCCUCGACCCAGCCUAACCAGCCCGACCCUCUGAGCCAGCGACCUCAGGCAGAUCGCCGCGGCAACCCCGAGGUCCAGAUGAACGCCCAGGGAGGGGAGAUCCUGAAUGAGGAGGAUCUGAACUGGGACUGGCUGGACUGGGUGUACACGUUUUCACGUGCCGCCAUUUUGCUCAGUAUAGUCUACUUCUACUCCUCCUUCAGCCGCUUUGUCAUGGUGAUGAUGGCCAUGCUGGUGCUUUACCUGCACCAGGCCGGCUGGUUCCCCUUCAACCUGGAGAACGAACUCCAGCUCCCCGGAGACAGAGCCAAUCAGGACGAUAUGGAGGGAGAGCUACAAAAUCACGACUUACAAGAAAUGGAAGGAGUGAUGGAUGACGGCUCGGAUGACGAUGGGGAAAGCGGAGAGGAGGGUGCAGAGGAUGCUAACAGUGGCCCCCACACAGGCUUCCUGUCCUCCACGUGGUCAUUCAUCAUCACUUUCUUCAUGUCGCUGAUCCCAGAGGGACCGCCAAACGCUGCUAACUGAACCACGAGCACCAUGAGCCGCCACAGUUCUCCAUGGGAGCACAUUCUUUCUUUAAGAGGACGACGAGUAUCCUACCUGCUUAGGGAAACUGUCUGUCUGUUGCAAUGCAGUGUUAUAGUUUCCCAGUAGUCUAUUUCACUCCAUAUCUUAGACUUUGAGCCAAAACACAAAUGACUGAUUUAAGCUGAAAAGAGAAAUAGAGUCACUUUAUAUUGACCUUUUUUUGUUUGUCUGAACAAAGACAAACAUUUCGAACUGUCAAAAUAACAUUAGUUGAACGUCUGUAAACAAGGAUUGCUAGUGAUGCCUUGUAAACAUAGUGAAAAUAAUAAUAGUGUCUGCCAGUGCAUUGUUUCUAUAAUUUAUAAAAUAGGGACAGCAGGCACAUUUUUAAAGAAAAACUACUUGUGUUUAACAAAUGGAUCUCUUGUUUUUUCUUUGUAAGAAGCUACAAUAUUUGUUGAAAUAGUUUUUGUUUGAAUCGUAAUGACUUUUUUGUAAUGGUGGUUGUAUUCAAAUGAGAAAUUUUAAAUGGGCCACUUUAGUCCAAACGCUCAACCUACAGCAAGUAAUCCUGAGUCAUGUAGCGCCUGUGACUGAGUGAGUGAUUUUGUCUUGAGAGUUUAAAAAAAAAAGUGUCUGAACACAUUGUGUACUGUGUUGGAAGUGUAACAGAAGAGUGAUGUUGGCUACUGAAAAGUGAAUCGAUGUACCACUAAUUCUCUCAAACAGCCUGAAAGAACUGAGUGAGAUAGAAGAAUCAAUCUUCUGCCACCAGUAAUGGAAUAUUAAACAGGAUGGGCUGUCGUUGGGAUGUAAGUUGUGCAGCAUGGAGCGGACAGGAUACACUUUAAAAACAAAGCACUGCCACAAUGCAGAGUUCAUGUAGGACGAAUCAUACAUCUCUGAAGUUUGUGAAAAUGGCUGCUGCUGUUACAUUUAUCAUGUUGUGUACCAAUAAUAAUAUUAAUGUUUAUUAAACCUGCUGUCACGGUAA